GCAAAAAGUCUAAAAAGAAAGGUUGGAAAAACCACGACCCUAAAAAUUGCUCUUGUGAAAAAAAGCAUGAUUGUCUGCGUAAUUGGCAUAUUCAUAUGCUCUGCACUGACUUCCUACCUGCUAAAUAUCAGCACCCCCGUUGUGGAUUAGGAAAAUAUGACGACCAAGUAGAUAUUAAACGAGUUAGUCAUUUAAAAGUUAACGGCCGCCCUAUUAAAAGUGCCGAGCAAGUGGUAAUUUACCUUGCUAAAUAUUUAGCCAAAGCCUUUAAAAUGCGUCAAGACCCAGAAUUAGCGAAAAAAGUAGGCUUAUUAAAAGGGAUGAGUAUCUACAAGUUUUUUAGAGUAAUUUAUGGCUAUGACGAGGCGGGCAGGGCUUACAUUGCCGAUAAAGUGAAAAAGCCCCUCACUUCCUCCAAAGUCUUUAUCAAUAAUGAGUAUGGUUUUCAGCAAGAAGUAGAACAAGAAUUUAGCCCUUAUUUUGACGAGAAAGGGCAUUUAAAAAAAGAUGCUCGAAAAAUCUUACAAAAAAAAGAACCGCAACCAACCAAUAACGGCAAAAUUACGGACCUCUUAAAAUUAUGUUUGCGUUAUUCUACUAAAAGUAAAAUCAAACAAAACCAAUUCUGA